UUCCCCUUCAUGUGUCGUCUGUGGUGUGGUCUUCCCAAAGAGUAAAUUAAUUUUUAGGGAGUCUUCCUUUUAUUUUUAAUAAUAAUUAUAGAUGUGACUGUUGAUUUAUAUUUAUUAAUAAUUUAAAUUAAAUUGUUGUGAUAUUUAAUAUUAAAUAUAAAUCGCGAUUUUCCAUAAAAAAAUAAUCCAUCAAAAAUAAGAUCUUCGGGAAGGAAGAACGUGUCAAUACCCAUACCUAUCUUUUUUUACAAAAAUGUAUCAUAUGAAAAGUAUUGUAUCCCAGGAUCAGCAAUUGUUAUUGCCAGAAAGCAUGUACCAUAUACGGAAUCCUGUUGAAGGGUGCAUGAAAGAUGAAACCGACAUAAAUAUUAGUGACCAGGUUAUCAAGUUUCUUAAGAAAAUGCCUAAGAGUCAACUACUUGAACUAGAAGACAGACAAGAUAAAUUGCUUGUAAAGCUAGAUAUUCUUUAUGAAAGAAUAAAAAGUAUCAGUCACCUGUGUAAAAUUAAUCCAGAAGCAGAAACAAAGAAUAAACCCAUUGAUAAUACAAGCCUGGAAGAAGUUGUUGUUGUAUUAAAUCCUAAUGUACUUCCUUGGUUUCUCAAUAAGUUUUUGAAAGAAAUUCAGUUGCUUAAUGUUACAUGGCACAUUCAUUCAUCUGUGCCAACUGAGAAAAUACCCAAAAUUGAAGCAUUCUUUAGAAAAUAUCAAGAUUUAUACAGAGUGAAACAGGGUGCCAAGAUUAAUUUGAGAUUGAUUUUUAAAUGUGAAUCAACUCCAGAAUUAAAAUUCUCAUCAUUGGCUUUUCCAAUACUGGGUGCAGUGAAUAUAAUAAGAUAUUUAUGUCUUAUGUUCGACAAUAUAGCUCCGUAUGACUAUUGUAAUCAUGAAGUAGAUGCAAUGCUAGAUAUAGCUUACCAGCUUGAAACAUCAUCAGAUAAAAGUAGAGCGAUUCUUCUACCGAAAUUGUUCCCACAGGCUAAGGAAUGGAUUUACAGAGAUGUGUUUUCAAUUGUUGAUUUAGCGGUUUUCAAUGUUAUUAAUCAAAUGCAGAAUGGAGUUAAAAAUGUUCCAAAAAAAUGGUUUAAUAAUUGCGAGAAAUUGAUAGUUUAAAGUAAACAACAAUUUAAGUAGUUCAUAAUAAUUAUUAGAUACAUCUACAAUAUCGUUAAAAAUAACAAAAUAAAACACAUUUUGGUAAGUCUAGUUAAUCAAGUUCUACAUAUAUAUACCAACUGACACAUACAUGCUAGUAUGUAAGAGUUAGAAAAUAAUUACUUUUUACUCUUCAGUUAUUACUUGUAUCUACGAGUACAUAUUAAGUAAAUUGUUUUAUUUUUUAAACAUUAUGAAUUCAAGACUAGGUACUGUACAUAUAAUCAGACUACUAUAUUUUAUAAUGUAUCCACACUACUGGUACUUACCUCUUGCAGUGACUCAUGUUAUUAUAGAUUUCAAAAUAAAACCGUUUUAUGAG